GAGCGUGUGUGUCUAUACUCUAUAUAUAUGGAUGAGAGAGAGCGAGCGCUAGCUCAGUUAGCUGCGCGCACAGGGAAAGAAGAAGCAACAAAUAAAUAAGGCAGCGAGCAGAGCCGCAGAUGAGAGAUAGAUAUCCGUCGUCCUCAGAUAGAUAGCUAGCUAGCUACAAGAUCACAUACUACAGUCCCCUCCCCAGUGAUCGAUCGAGCCACCACACCGAUCGACCUAGCUAGCGGCAGUCGUCUCGACAUACAGCUAGCUCCGAUAUCCUGCAAGUAAUUAAUAAGCUAUAGCUAGCUAGCAGCAGAUAGCUGUAAAUUAAGCUGCAGCUAGCAUGGCGCCGCCGCCGCUCCUCCUCCUCCGGCUGCUGCUUGUUGCGGCGGCGGCAUCAUCAAGGAUGGCGACGAUCAGGUGCCAUGGGUACCAGUACAACGCGUCGCAGGGGCCCCUGGUGACGGCGGUGAUCGCGUUCGGCGACUCCAUCGUCGACCCCGGCAACAACAACGACCUGCACACGCAGAUCAAGGCCAACCAUCCACCCUACGGCAAGGACUUCUUCAACCACGAGGCCACCGGAAGAUACUCCAACGGCCUCAUACCCACUGACCUCAUCGCCCAGGGGCUUGGUGUGAAGCAGCUGCUGCCGGGCUACCUGGGCGUGGAUCUGAGCCCGGAGGAUCUCCUGACGGGCGUGAGCUUCGCGUCCGGCGCCACCGGAUUCGAUCCGCUGACGCCCGUCGUGGUGAGCGUCAUCUCGCUGGAGCAGCAGCUUGCCUACUUCGACGAGUACCGCGCGAAGCUGGUGGCCAUCGCCGGCGAGGAGGAGACGGACAAGAUCAUCAGGGGGGCGCUCUUCGUGGUGUGCGCCGGCACCGACGACGUGGCCAACACCUACUUCACGACGCCCUUCCGCCGCGUGGUGUACGACAUCCCCAGCUACGUGGAGCUGCUCGUCUCCGGCGCCGAGGCCUUCCUCCGGAACGUCAGCGCGAGGGGCGCCACCAGGAUCGGCUUCGUGGGGAUGCCGCCGGUGGGGUGCGUGCCGUCGCAGCGGACGCUGGGCGGCGGCCUCCGCCGCGAGUGCGAGCCGAGGCGCAACGAGGCGGCGCAGCUGUACAACGCCCGGAUCCAGGGGAUGAUCGCCGGCCUCAACGCCGAGCAGGGAUUCGGCACGCUGGUGGUGUACCUGGACAUCUACCGCAUCCUGGACGAGCUCAUGGAGCGCGGCGACAGGUACGGCUUCACCGAGACCACCAAGGGCUGCUGCGGCACCGGCACCAUCGAGGUCACCGGGCUCUGCGACAGCCGCUUCGUCUCCGUCUGCGACGACGUCUCCCAGCACGUCUUCUUCGACAGCUACCACCCCACGGAGCGAGCCUACAGGAUCAUCGUCGACGACAUCUUCGACAACUACAUCCAAGUGCUCGUCUGAUCAUCUGCACUAGUUCUGUAUCGAUCGUCCAAUUGUAUGAUUGCAUUCUUGUUUAUUGUUUUAAUUGAGGGGUGAAUUGAAUGUGUGUUGUUGUUUUCUUUUUCUUUUUCUUUUCUUAGGGAGGGAUUAUUAUUAUAUUGAAUGCGUGUUGCUGCUGCUGCUGCAUCCAGCAAAUGCAUGGGCCAAAAAGAUAUUGGGCCCAGGGUAAAGCAAAGCCCACCCUCAAAGAACAUUAUUUAUUGGCCGGCCGGGCCGGUCAUCUCGUCUGAUUACGAAAUGCAUAUAUAUGCAUGGGCCUUCUUCGGUUUCUAAAUA